GCCUUUUGCAUGUCAGUACAAUUUUAGAUUUCGACCGAGCACGUUCGGGCCUCGAACCAAUUUGUAUAUUGGUGGCAUUAAACCGCGUCUAAAUUUACCCAAUUUACUGGCGCAGUGCUGUUGAAGAUCAUGUACAUUUAUCCAAGCUCCCCGGAAUCAUCAUCGUCCUUGCAGUCUGAAGAAAGUGCAGCCAUAAAGAUACAAGCAGGAUUCCGUGGCUACCGUGUUCGCAAGCAGGUUCACCAGUCAACUAAGGCCGUUAAUAGCAACAGAUUCGGAAACCGCUUUUCAAAUUCACAUAGCAAACGGAACCCAAACCAGCGCCAGCGCUCCAAUAACAACGCCCAUAAAGAAAACCAAAUGAGUUCCACCCGUUAUGAAGACGUCGCUCAUCAUGUUGAGAUUUCAGCAAACGAGGAAAACGCUGCGAAAUCAGUUGAAGAUCGCUGUGCUACCAAAAUUCAAGCCGGAUUUCGAGGAUUUCUCGUAAGAAAGAAACAAAAAAUGGCCACAGAAGCAGCUGUGAAAAUUCAGGCUGGCUUUCGAGGCUUUAGAGCUCGCAAGGAAUUGAAGCAGAUAUAAGGCCACUACGAGUAUUUAGUUGACUUGUGUUAUUUAAUAGAUUUCAUGUAUAGUAGUAUGUACGUACUACUACAAACUAUGUAGUUCGAGUUUUAUGAUGUAAAUUAGUUUAAGUUAUAUGCAUAAAUUACAUAAGCUAUGCAUAAAUUAUAUACAUUGUAAAUAGUUAUAAAUUAACUUAUACUUAGCAUCCAGAAAAAAUAAAUCACUAUUAGUCAACUAGUCUUGAAAGCUAUAAAUUUACUUGGUUAUUUGUUGUACACAUUUCGGUUUCCAAACCACAAUAAUGCUUGUAAAUAUAUACACAUAUGUACAUAUAUAAUAUGUACGAGAUGUAAAAAAAAUUACCCGUACAAUCUCCAAAUUGGUUGACAAUAGAUGAAAUUAUUAAGAAAAAAGAAUUGCUAGAGGUGCGGGGUUCCGAAAAUUUUUUAGUUACAUGCAUAUAUUAAAAUAAAGGAAAUUUCAGUUUGGUGGAAUAGAUUCCGGAUAAAACUGUUAACGUAUAUUUAUUAAGAAUAUUUGAAACCAAUGAUAUGUUUUUCGAUUGAUCGUUUCUGAUAAUUUUGGCAGCUUUAUGAAAUAAUAAUCAUAAUGAUGCGAUCUUGACGAGU